AUGGCCAGCGAGGCGGGGAAGGCUCCGGCGAUCCCCGGCCGGCGCGUGCUCAUGUUCCCGCUGCCGUUCGAGGGCCACCUGAGCCCGAUGCUGCAGCUGGCGGCCCGCCUGCAAGGAGCUUUCCAGAACAGCCUCCGCGAAGUGCUGGAGGAGGAGGAGGGAGCGCGGCCGGCGUGCCUGGUGCUGGACUCCAACCUCCGAGGCAUGCAGGUGGUCGCCGACCGGCUCGGCGUGCCGACGCUGGUGCUUCGCACGGGCGGCGCCGCUUGCUUCGUCGCCUACAUGGCCUUCCCGGCGCUGUGCGACAAGGGCCUCCUCCCGCUACAAGAUCAUGCGCAAUUGAACAUGCCACUGGAUGAUCUCCAACCACUCCAGCUAGGAGACAUGGUCUUCUCAACCACAACUCCGCAUGAAACAAUGUCCAAUUGCCUUGAACGCAUUAUGGAAUCUGCGAGGUAUUCUUCUGGUGUCAUCAUUAACACCUUUAGUGAGCUUGAAGGCGCCGACCUCCAAAAGAUCAUCCAUGGUCUAGGUGUUCCAGUGUACGCAGUUGGUCCGCUUCACAAAAUAUCUCCAAGUGCCCAGAGCAGCCUGUUGGAUGCAGACAAAACUUGUUUGAAUUGGUUGGAUAAGCAGGAGGCGAAGUCCGUUCUAUUUCUGAGCAUUGGGAGCUUGGCAUCCAUGACCCAGGAAGAGCUAGUGGAGACCGCAUGGGGCUUGGCCAAUAGUUGCAUGCCAUUUCUUUGGGUGAUUAGGCCAAACUUGGUUCAAUGUUCAGGGAAGGUAGGCCUACCUGAAGGCUUUGAGGAGGUGACACGUGGUAGGGGAAUGGUGGUGAGUUGGGCCCCUCAACAAGAAGUUCUUGGGCACCAAGCAGUUGGUGGCUUUUGGACCCAUAACGGCUGGAACUCGACGUUGGAAAGCAUAUGUGAGGGUGUUCCGAUGAUAUGUAGACCCCAUUUUGCCGAUCAGAUGAUAAAUGCCAGGUAUGUCCAGGAGGUCUGGAAGGUAGGAUUUGAGUUAGAGGGAAAGUUGGAGAGGGGGAAGAUUGAGAGGAGUGUUAGAAAGUUGUUUUGCCACGAAGAAGGUGGAGAGAUGAGGUGGAGGGCGAAAGAUCUCGAGGACAAAGCAACCGAGUGUAUGAAGAAAGGAGGCUCUUCAGAAACUAGAAUCAAUUUGUUGGUGAAUUUUAUGAUGUCAUUACCUUGUUCCAUUUAG